AUCCAGGCUAGCUGUUUAAUACAGAAAAAUAUCAUGAAAACACCCUCCAUUUCUUGAAGGUCUUAUAGAACUCAAUGGCUCUGAUCAGUAUACAAUAAAAAAGAGCAACACUGACGCCAUUUCCGGUAUUUUUUGGACGAUAUGAAUUCGGAAAUAAACAAGAAAACACCAGCAUUCAUUUAUGCUAAAGAGUUUAAACUGUCGAAAGUCUUGGGAAAUUUACAGGUAUAAGGCAUACAAAGUAGCAGCUGGAAAUGUGGUUGGCACAAAUGAAGAAGCUUUGAGAAAGCGUGACCAAACAGAUUCAACAUCAUUGAAAAGAAAAAGGAAACAGAAAGAAAAGAAAUCAAAGAAGAUAAAAGAUAAGGAGACUAACUACCCAGUUCCUAAUGUUUCAUUACAAGAUCUUACAGAGCCACUUCCCCUUCCACAUUGUUUUAUUGAAGACAAGGCAAAUAACUCUGAAGAUGAGCAACGUUGUGAAGAUUCAGAAAGCGAGACUUGCGAUUAUUUUGGCUUGGAAAGCAAUUCAAAUAGCUCUUCAGAUGAAGAAAAAUGCUCAGAAAGUUCAGUCAAUCGGUAUGCUUCAUUGUCUAACAACACAUACAGCAAUGAUAACAUUUCAUUCCGACCUUCUUGUGAUGAAAAAAAUUCCCAAGAUUUCUUAACCACAUAUACAUGCGGGAAAUGCAACAGACGAGGCCAUGUUACAGAGCAUUGUACCUUGACAUGUUCUGGUGUUGAAAACAGCUCGACACAAAACUCAAUAUCAUCAAAUGUCAGACAACUUUUUUCAGAAUGUCGAAAGUUGAGGAGUUCCCAAAACCAUAGCUGUGUAGACUGUGGAAAUGUCUCUAAUUUAGCAUUUUGCUUUGAGUGUAGGUUAUCUCUAUGUGAUGGCAGGGGACAUCUUAUUGAGCAUUUGCUCUGUAAUCCAACACAUAACAAACUAUAUUCAUUCAAGCUUCAAAAACUAUUAAAGUGCUCAAAUUCCUCAUGCAACACAGUGGACAUUAGUCAACUUCUUGUCUGCCCACAAUGUUUAAGUAAAAUCUUUGAUAAGCACUACUCCCUCGUCAAUGCAACAUGGUCAAAUAAAGCACUUCGAGCGAUAACCAACAGUCUUUGUUGCGAAAUUCAUUUUCAAUGGCAUCGAAUGAACUGUUAUGCAUCCUCAGAGGAAUUAAUGUUCAGCCGCGAGAAUUUACUAAAACUAAAACAUGAACAGAAUGGUCUAUUGAGCGAAUUCUUUUUUUGAACUGGAAUACCUCAUUCGAGUUGAAAUAAUUUAACCUGCGAAAUUUCAUUUCAUUUAACUUAUUAAAUAAAUAUUGUUUUUGUUAA